AUGCAACAUCCAGACACCCUCCGCCAAGCAGGGUGGGGCAUCACCAAUGAUCUCACUUUGGUUCAAGCAUUGGUCAAAGACGAUUUAGGGCACAGAUCGGCCGUUGCGAAUGAGCUACAGCGCUUUGAGCUCUGGGCAACAAACCUCGGACUUCUCCACACGGGACAUAGCUCCUUAGAUUAUCGCUUGAGGGAUUCAAAACUUGUGUUUGACUAUGCGCUCUUCUUGCUUGUCGAUUUGGAGCGGGCUAUUCAGCAGUUUCACAAGUCAUUUGGUGAAUACAACGGGGCAUCCCAGACACAGCAAGAUGACACCAGCUCCCCUGGUGUUCAUGACGCAGAGCUGUUGAGUGAGGAAGAUUCUGACGCGGAAGAUCUCUCGUCCUAUCAAACAGAGCCCCCCACUAUAUCCUUUUUUCGAAACAUCGUCUCGACCAUCGACAAGCUAUAUCGUCUCGCCUUCAAAAUCAGAAAUCCUGCCCUACGAUUUGGAUUUUCGAAAGCAGUCAAAUACUCUCAAAAGGAUCCUGAGACUGGGCGAGACCUCAUCGAGGAGUAUGCGGCAUUCGAUCUCCGCCACAUAGAGGAGAUAUUUCACUCUUUUGGUGCUGAACAUCAUGAAAUCAAUCAACAUCGCUAUCUCAUUGAGCGUUUGGCGAAAGCCAACACACGGCGACGGCAGCAAUUUUUUUAUUGGAAGAAGCGGAGGGCAAAGUACGAAGCAUACGAGCGCCCUAAAUUGAAGGGAAUCGCCAUCUCAGGCACACCGGAACAGCCAGCCGAAUUGGGAGCAGAAUCGUUGCCGGCACAAACGAUUCCUAGCAUUUCCAAGCCAUCAACUGCAACAUGGUUGAACCCACAAAAGGUCGACUUGGAUGAAAGUGCAUCCGCAAUGUCCUCAUCGAGUACCAUAUUUUCCAUUUCAAAAGAACAAGAUGGUGACCAAAUCAUCAUUCCACCAGCACCGACUCUGGAUGCAUCUGUCAAAGAGUUUGAAUGUCCUUUUUGCUUCACCGUGUGCCCACGAAAAACGACUGAAAAAAGCUCAUGGGAACGAAUAGCCUCUUUUGCUCUACCGCGGCUGGCUGGAUAUGAAGACGAUCUUGAUUCUGGGAGCCAAAUCUCCGAUGGAGCUCGCGUUGACUCAGAUAGCACUGGUGGUCCAUCGAUUGGUAGUUUAUCUUCUGCUGAGGCAAACGAGAGCAGCGACGAGAUGAAUCAGGGUGAACCUGCCGAAGACGACAGCCUUGGUGACCCAGGCCAAGGGUCUGUGUCUAGUUCAAGGAACGCAAACGAUGAUCAUCUACACGAAGAUGAGGAUCAGUCGGAUAAUCAGUCACAGGAUGACACAGCAAAAUAUAAACUUGCGAUGUCCUAUGUGGACAGUGAUGACCCAGAUCAGGCAUUGAUUUUGCUUGAGGAACUGGUCACUACAGCUUCGAAGACACUUGAUAAAGCGGACCCUCGUCGACUCAAAUAUGAACAUCAACUUGGAAAGAUACUCUCGGCCGCGGGAAAUCCCCAACGGGCCUUGGACCUGUUAGAGAGUGUCAUUUCUACUGCAACCACCACGCUUGGAGAAGAACACCCCGAUUUACUUCGAUAUAAGCAUGACCUUGCAAACACUUAUUUGAGCACCGGGGAAUUUGCUGCUGGUGUGCAACUCUCAGAGAGUGUGGUUGCUAUCGAAGAGAAGAUAUAUGGUGAAGACCACCUAGUUGUGUUGGCAUCCAAGCAUGAGCUUGCAACGAUAUAUCAGGCCAACGACGAGCACAAACGUGGCAUCGAGCUUCUCUCAAGUGUUCUCACCAGGCUAACAGCUCAUCUUGGUCCAGAUCAUCCUAAGGUUACGAAUGCUAUGUGUGACCUUGCAAGCAUCUACCAUGGCGACGGACAAAAUACCAAAGCUAUGAGGCUGCUUGAGGAAACCGUCAUUGUUCUAGACAGAUCUCCAGAUGGACUUCACAGCCGAAUGGGAGCUCACGCCCAGCUAUCAGAGCGAUACCGACAAGAUGGCCAGAUAUCUAAGAUGAUCGCGCUAAAGGAACGUAUUGUUGCAGUACACGAGGCUGGUCACGCCGAAGAUCGACUUCGCUGCUUGACAGCUCUGAAAGAUCUUGCGGAGGCAUAUCGCGCUCAGGGAAAUAUGGAUAAGGCGAAGGAGCUGCUGGGUCGUGUAAUUGCAAUCCAAAAACGGACACAACACGAUGGACAUCCGGACUUAUUGAAAACCCAGUCAAUACUCGCCCAGAUCUCCCAGGAAAGCGGGCAGGCAGAUUGA